AUGGAACCGACAUGCGCUGUUCUUCGGAUGGAACUCGAUAUUCAGAAGUUCUUGCAGAAUCCUGAUCAACAGCAGUUUGAGUUCCAUCAUUUUCCUACCUCCUACCUCCGUCUUGCAGCACACCGUGUUGCUCAACACUAUGGUCUGCAGACUAUGGUUCUGGAUAAUUUUACCGAUGGUCAGGGAAGUAAAAUUGUGGUUAGAAAACUGGCAGAAACUAGAUACCCUGCUGUCUGUUUAUCAGAUAUACCAGCUAAAAAGUCAGAGAAUGACAAACAUGAGCAGUUGAAGAUUUUCCUAAGGCCAAGGCCUAGUAAAGGAUCCUCCAAUGGAACCAAUGAACUGGGGACUAAACGCAAUCCUGUAAGAACUAUGGAAGAGAGGAAGGAGGAGUAUGACAGGGCACGAGCCAGAAUUUUCAGUAGUCGAAGUUGUAGUCCCGAGUUCGAGGAUACACUGCCUCAACCCUCUUUAAAUAGAAAGAAUUUGUCUUCCGGUGGAGAUGAGAUCGAAGGGUUGAGGAACUCCGUCCUGGAUUUAGAGAAAAAUGUCUGCAGCAGGGAUGGUGGUACUUCUUCUCGAGUAGCCAUUUUCCGAGAUAGGGAGAAGGAUCGCACUGACCCAGAUUAUGACCGAAGUUAUGAAAGGUAUAUUAAGUGUAUUCCAACCAACCAAAGCUUUAGCUUGAUGCCUUCUAAUAUGCAGAAGUUUCAGCCUCCAUUCGUGCAGUAUGAUUCUGUUUUUCCUCAGUUGGGGCAAAUGCCAAGGGCUCAAGCUUCCCUGGGCUACAGGAGCCCAGUCAUGAGCCCUUUCUGUGCCAUGGGAUUGAAUCAGACAACCAGGGAUGCUGUCUAUAUGCAGUGGCCAUCUCAAGCCAUGAUAUAUAAUCAGUCAUAUGAUCAAUUUAGACAUGGUGUUUUCCAGAAGUUUCAGCCUCCAUUCGUGCAGUAUGAUUCUGUUUUUCCUCAGUUGGGGCAAAUGCCAAGGGCUCAAGCUUCCCUGGGCUACAGGAGUCCAGUCAUGAGCCCUUUCUGUGCCAUGGGAUUGAAUCAGACAACCAGGGAUGCUGUCUAUAUGCAGUGGCCAUCUCAAGCCAUGAUAUAUAAUCAGUCAUAUGAUCAAUUUAGACAUGGUGUUUUCCAGGCUCCCUUUUGUCAGCAGCCACUAAGUUUGGAUUACUCCCAAAAUUAUUGA